AUGGAAGAUUCAAGUAUUUGUUGUGAGAAAAAGUUCCAGGACGUCGACAGCGACGAUUGUGAGGAAACUUGGCAAUGUAGUUCGUCAGUCGAGCAGUCUUUUCUUGAUUUAGAACCCAUCAGUGAAGCUAAACAAUCUUCGUUUUGCGUUGAACUGAUGAAGCGACUCAACAUGCAGCGACAACAGUCCUAUUUCUGCAACAUAACCUUAAUAGCGAAAGAAGGGAACGAAUUUAUGGCCCAUAGAAAUGUUCUAUCGGCUGCGAGUCCGUUUUUUUCAAAGCUUCUUCAGAGCGAGAUGAAAGAGAAAGAGGAAGGAGUCAUUCGGUUCGAGGAGAUUUCCAAAUCGGUCCUCUCAGAUGUUUUGGAGUUCAUCUACACAGGAAGUGUCAAGAUAAAUAAAAAGAAUGCCAGGGACCUGAUAAUCGCAGCCGACUAUUUACUGCUUAAGUCUUUGAAAAUCAUCGCCGGGCGAUUUCUAGAGGAGCAAAUGUCUACCAACAAUUGCAUUUCAACUUUUCACUUUGCGGACAGAUAUCGUUGUGAUGAACUUGUUCUUCGUAGUACAAAGUUCAUUCAAGACAACUUCACUUCCGUAGCAAAGUCAGACGAAUUUUUAAACUUGGAUGCUGAAGAAGUUGAAAAGUGGAUUUCAAGCGAGAAUAUUUUGGUUGCAGCUGAAGAAGAUGUGUUCAGAAUCAUUCUUAACUGGAUCGAGCAAAAUAAACGCGAGCGAAAGGACAAGUUUGAGCAGCUAUUUCGUCAUGUUCGACUGGUCUUGCUUUCGCGUGACUCUCUAUUCUCUGAUGUCGUGACAAAUGAACUGGUUACAGAACAUUUUUCUAUUUUGAGGCGGGUCACGGAUGCCAUUAAGUCAGUUAGUGCUGCAACUGAGGAUGCUCAAAUUCAACCGGCGAGAAGAAGGCUUGAAACACACGCCAUUGUAGUACGUGGAGGGAAAACAACUUACUGUUACCUUCCCGAGAAAGAUAAAUGGAAGCGACUAGCAGACGGAUUAUCUGAAGACCGAGACCACACUACACAGUUAAUACCCGGCAUGUGCAAUCGAUAAAACCGAUAAUCGAUAACAUUCGAUAACAAUCGAUAAAAAUUAGUAAAUUGUAUCGGAAAUCGAUUAAAAUCGAUAAAAGGACACGUUGUGAGUAAUCGAUAAUUAUCGAUUUUUAAAUUAAUGUUAUCGAUUUUAUCGAAUUUCUAAAAUGUAUCAAAUCUUCCAUAAAAACACUCUUACGAUUCAAUGAAUCAAGUAGGACGAAUUUAAAGAUUUAUUUAACAAAUCGAUAAUUGAAUGAAUACUGAUAAUCAAAUAAUAUUAACACGAUUCCCUGGCAUGAUUCAACGGGGAAACGCAACAUAACAUAACCGCUUUUUGUAUUUACUCAGAAACUGUUCAAGCUAAAUGUCGAAUGACAUCCUACAAAUACAUGUACUACGGCACGGUGAAGCUGCGUAGUUGUAAUGCUAGACAUUGUCUCCAGUAAAUGUUUUGUCAGCAAAACCCCGCCCGCCGCAAAAAUCAUACUACAAAUCAGAGCUAAAAUCAUUCUAUAAAUAAGUAAAACGAAGUAAAUGAUGAACUCCGCAACUAAAGCAGAAGAGAGGUAAUGAAACAAAAAUAACUGAUAUAUUAUAUUAAAUUAAAACGCUGUCCACAUAGAAGCAGUUUUAUUUUGUAUGGUUUUUGAUACUCCGUUAACAUCGAUUACUCGAUAAAAUCGAUAUCGUUAAAUACGCGGAAGACUGUGAGUAUCGAUUUCUAUCGAUUGAUCGAUAAAAUCGAUAUCGAUUAAUUAAAAAUUAUCGAUUGAUAUCGAUUUAUCGAACGGUUUUCCGAUAUCGGUUUUUAUCGAUUGGUCAUACCGGGGUUAAUAAAAUUCCGUGAUCAGCUGUAUAGCUUUCCUCGGAGUAGAUCUGCUGAGACAGAAAGGUAUGAUCCCGCUCUCAACAGUUGGACCACUUUAAAGUUAUCCCCUCCUUUUGAGAAACUCUCGUUGGCUGCCCUUAAUGGGAAAAUUCAUGCUAUAUACCGUCCUUAUCGAUCCGCUCCUGUGAUUAAAAGAUAUGAUAUAGAGUCGUGCGCCUGGGAGACUGUGAUAUCUUCUCAGGACUUCCAUUACAGUGAUGACUCUUGUGUUGUUGCUCUUGGCAACUGUCUGUAUGUUCUUGGUGGUGGAUAUAGUGAUAAGCUGGCAAGUUUGACACUGCGGAAGGAAAAUGGGAGGAAAUUGCAUCUAUGCAAACUAGGAAGAGCGGUGCCUUUGGUGUGGCUACUCAAGGGAAGAUUUUUGUUUGUCGUUCGGUCGAUGGAUGUGAAGUGUAUGAGGUUCCCACAAAUGAAUGGCAAACCAUUGCAAGUUUGA